AUGGGUCACUCGCACGGUUUGAGAGCCGGUACUCGGUAUGCCUUCAGCCGUAACUUCAAGGAGAACGGCCAGAUUCGCCUGUCGACCUACCUGAAGACCUACCGGGUUGGCGACAUUGUCGAUAUCAAGGUCAACGGUGCCGUUCAGAAGGGUAUGCCCUACAAGGUCUACAACGGUAAGACCGGUGUCGUCUACAACGUGACCAAGUCCUCCGUCGGUGUCCUCCUCUACAAGGUCGUCCGCAACCGCUACCUCGAGAAGCGCAUCAACGUCCGCAUCGAGCACGUCAAGCACUCCCGCUCCCGUGAGGACUUCAUCAAGCGUGUCAAGGAGAACGCCCAGAAGAAGCGCCAGGCCAAGGAGCAGGGUGUCCACCUCCACCUGAAGCGUCAGCCCGUCAUGCCCCGUGAGGCUCACCUCGUCGAGGGUACCGCUGCCGAGACCAUCACCCCCAUCCCCUACGACACCCACAUCUAA